AACACACGAAGUGACCAUGUGCCAAAAGCCAGUUCCUGUCCAAAUUCCGAACACUCGAAAAUGAUUGGAUAGGCAGCCGCUCCACACCGAGAAAGCCGACAUGCGGUCGCCUCCAUCCUCAAAAGCUUUUGAUUUCUGAGAAGCGACAACAACUCCGUAUCUCAUCUGUGGCUUCGAUCUAUUUCCCCCUGCGAUUUUCCGCCACCACCUGUCCUGCGACAAGUGCAGCACGCCACCUGUUCGACGAAAUGUGCCCGACCCAGGCAGCCACCGAGCUCUUGGUACCGGGCGGCGCCGCGGGCGAGACGGCGUCCCACUCCGGAGGCGAGGCGGCCGACCACCUCAGCGCUCUCCCGGACGACCUGCUGCACCACAUCCUAUCGUCCCUGAGGGCGUGGGAGGUGGUGCGCACCUGCGUGCUCGCGCGGCGGUGGCGCCACCUCUGGGCGUCCGCGACCUGCCUCGACCUGCGCACGCGCUACUCCACCCGCGACUUCGCGCCAGACCAUCUGCGCGGCUUCGUUUCCCGCCUCUUCCUCUCCCGCAACGCGUCGGUGCCCGUGGACACGCUCCGCCUGCAGUCGAGCGAGAUGAUGGGGGCCUUCUCUGAUGACGACAGUUCACGCUGGAUCAGUGUUUCCAUGGAGCACAAUGCGCGGGUCAUUCAUGUUGUCGGACAUCGCAGAUUCCCUGCGCUGUUGAAGGGCGUCUCCUUCGUCUCCUGCCACCUCAAGAUCUUGAAGCUGUCCUAUGCCAGGCUUGACCACAGGAUCCUUGGGCAGCUCUCUUCUAGUUGCACAUGUUUGGAGGAACUCGAUCUUAAGGAUUGCUUAGUCACGGGUGAUGAGAUUGUCUCUGCUUCUUUGAAGACUUUAGUCAUGCUCAAAUGCAAGAUCGACAGGGACUUCUCGGUUGCUGCUCCGAACCUCGUACAUCUGCGCCUCAUCAUGCCUUACGGCCGGGUUCCACUAUUAAAGCACCUAGGGUCACUGGUCACUGGAACUAUCAUAGUCGACGACUAUUUCUUGAGAGAUGACAUCAGUGAGGAUGAUGCUUAUGAUGAAACCACUGAUGAUGAUGAUGAUGAACACAUUACUGAUCAAGAGGAUUCUGACGAAACUACCGAUGAUGAUGAUGGUGGUGAUGGUCCUGAACACAUCAUUGAUCAAAAGGAUUCUGAUGAGACUGCUGAUAACCGUGAUAAUAGCAAUCAUGGUUCUGAACACAUCACUAAUGAAGAGGAUAGCGAUGAAACCACUGAUGAUGAUAAUACCAGUGGUGGUUCUGAAAACAUCAAUGAUAAAGUGGACUGUGAUGAAACCGCUGAUAAUGAUGGUUGCAAUUGUGGUUAUAAACACAUCAUUGAUCAAGAGGAUUGUGAUGAAACCAGUUAUGAUGAUGACGAUGGUUGCAAUUGUCGUUUUGAACUCAUCGGUGAUCAGGAGGGUUGUGAUGAAACUACUGAUGAUGAAGGCGGUGAUAACGAAAUUACUGCUAAGAGAGAUAACUAUAAGAAUGACAAUGAUUUUGGAUGCAUCAGUGAAGAUGAUAGUUUUGAAGAAAACACUGAUGAGGAAGAUGGUUCGGAUAACACUAAUGAUUCUAACAUUGGAUAUGGGUGUGGUGGUCACAAGGACAAUGGCCAUGAUAGUGAUAUGGACAGUGAUGACAAUACCUAUGAGUACAGUGAGAUUGCAAAAGAGGCAAAACACAUUUACCAUGCUGGCAGUCAGAGUUCUAGUAAAGAUGCCAACUAUCAUAGCUAUGAAAUCAAUGAUAGUGAAUAUUUGGGUGGCCAAAACAUUCUUCGGAGUCUUUCAAAUGUUACAAGUUUGGGAUUGUUAACUGAUGCUGGAGAGGUGGUUCUGAGUAGGGAAUUGAAAAGGUGUCCAACUUUUAGCAACCUGAGGACCCUGUCCCUUGGUGAAUGGUGCAUGGCUUCUGAUUUCGAUGCAGUAAUUUUCCUGCUGCAGCAUUCACCUAAUAUAGAGAGGCUUUUUCUCCAACUUAAAUUGAACUUCGACAUAAGGAGCAGAAAGGCAUUGCAAACAGGUAUCAAACUACAGGGAAGAUCAUUUACUUGCAAAGACCUUCAGAUCGUGAAGAUCAAAUGCUCAAAUGAUGAUUCGAGAGUCCAUAAGUUGGCGAACUUGUUCAUUGCAAAUGGUAUACCCCUCGAGAAGAUUUUGGUCCGUCGGAGUGGGAGUGCUUAUCUCCGUGCCCAGGAGCUGACAAAGGAAGCCUUGCACCAACUGAUGUUGUUCGGGCCAAAAUGGACUAACACGAAGUUUGUCAAAUUCUUGGAAAGAUCUACCCUGGUGACCGAGAUUAGGCGUUGAACAUUGAUCUCCUCCUGGAGGGGGUAUAAGUGGUCCUUGCUUGGAUGUUGUUUCAGAGUGUCGCAGCCAGACACCUGAUAUGCUAUCUUCUGGUUAUGACUCAUGAAAACAUGGAAUCAUAUUGUUUUCAGGAUGGAAUCGUAUUGUUUUCAGGAUGUCGAGAAUGUUGCGCAAGAUAUAGUUACAAACUCUGAGAUGCAUUGCUCGCCUUGUCAAAAGGGGUGCUUCUUUCAGGAGUACACAAGAUGCAUUCGUGUGAAGUCAAACGCACAUGAACGGGCAAGGAUGUAGCGCCCUGUGAACAGAUAGUUAGGUCAGUGAUGGCCUGCAUUCUUGCACAAGAUGGGAGAAACUACGGCCUGUAGGUAGGUGGAAACGUACUCCCCAGGCUCUGGUGAAUUAGUGGAACAACCGGCCAGGGUUAAGCCACCGCCUGGGUUUCUCAAGAGCAAACUCCCAAUAGCAUCGACAUCUUUGGUACAUCACAUGCCCGGUAAAACUUAGCUUAAUUGCUUGCCACUAAGUUGUUCCACAAGUUAGAACAAUGCAGAACACAUCCAAGUUACAACAAUGCAGAACAAUUUCUUGUUGGCUUACUUCUGUGAAGAAUUACUCCCGAGUACAACCUCAACACCUGCACGCUGGGUUAGCUGAACAACGCCGGUUACAGGCAAGUUGUCAAAAUCGUUUGGCUGCUCUUCACUGCAAAAACAAGUUCCUUCCAUCUUCAUCAAAUCUCUCGCAAAUCACAUCCCAUCUAUGUGGCAAUCGGUAUUUGUUACAGUUUAGGUACUCCAGAACUCGAGGUUUGACUGAUCUCAUCACAAAGGGCGCGUUUGGUUGCCUGGGCUGAAAUCGUGCACCACUGGCGCAGCGAGAUGGGCGCCCUGCGCGAACGGGCCGCCGGCCACUUUUGGCCUAUCGUUUGGUAGCCUGUGCUGCACCGGUCCGAACAGAGUUGCAAAUUGUUUGGAUGCUUGUACACAGCGUUUCAUCUAUGUUCAGCCACAUCACAUAUGUUUGGUUGCUAUUUUGGGCAUCCUAACAACAGAUUCUCCUCACCACAUUCAAAUAUGGUAACCUUACCAUCAUAUAACGGCACACAAAUAGCUCAAACACGAUCAUAAGAACAAC